GGCCCGCCCCUCAUUGUCAGUCCAGGGGAGCCCGAGGAGGCGCCGGCGGCCGGGAGCGGAGCGCCCGAGCCCUGGGCGGGCGGGAGCGUGGGCCGGAGCCGCCGAGGUCAAGAGGCAACUGCCAUUGAAAGAUAGUGAGUGACUGUUUCCAGGACAACAACCAUUGAGGGGAGCAGCCAGAAGCAUUGACUGAAAGCUUAAAUUACCUAAAUGGUAAUUCGUGGAUACCGUCCCAGUAGAACUUUCCUUGUUUUGAGGCAAACCAUUCAGAGACCCAAUUUUCCACUUCUUUGUACGUUUGAAGUUCUGCUCAGAAAGCGCAUGGGCCAUCAAUCGGAACAAGUGGUAAUCUGAAGGAGCAAGGUCUGGUGAAUACUGCAGAUGGGUUAAUACUUUCCAGAGUGAUAAUGGUCUCCAGCUGCCAAAGAAGGUUGUGGAUGCCAAAAGAAAGGUAACCAUUUCUCAUCCCCUCGAGUGGAAUUGGAUGCCCCUUGGAGUUCACACUGGCUGGCGGUAGACAUGGCUGAGUUUACAAACUACAAGGAUACUGCCUCCAGCCGCCACCUGCGGUUUAAGUUACAGAGUCUAAGCCGCCGCCUUGAUGAGUUGGAAGAAGCCACAAAAAACCUCCAAAAAGCAGAGGAUGAACUCCUGGAUCUGCAGGACAAGGUGAUUCAGGCAGAAGGCAGCAACUCCAGCAUGCUGGCUGAGAUUGAAGUGCUGCGGCAACGAGUGCUGAGAAUUGAAGGCAAAGAUGAGGAAAUUAAGAAAGCAGAGGACCUGUGUCAGCUGAUGAAGGAGAAACUUGAAGAGGAGGAAAACCUCACCCGGGAGCUGAAAUCUGAGAUUGAGCGGCUUCAGAAACGAAUGGCCGAACUGGAGAAGCUAGAGGAGGCCUUUAGCAGGAGUAAGAAUGACUGUACCCAACUCUGUUUGAGUCUGAAUGAGGAGAGAAACCUGACGAAGAAAAUCUCCUCUGAGCUGGAAAUGCUCAGGGUCAAAGUGAAAGAACUGGAAUCUUCCGAGGACCGCCUAGAUAAAACUGAGCAGAGUUUAGUGUCAGAGUUAGAAAAGCUGAAAUCAUUAACUCUGAGCUUUGUAAGUGAGAGAAAAUACCUGAAUGAAAAGGAGAAAGAAAAUGAGAAACUUAUAAAAGAGCUCACUCAAAAACUGGAGCAGAACAAAAAAAUGAACCGAGAUUAUACAAGGAAUGCUUCUAAUCUUCUGGAAAGGAAUGACCUGCGGAUUGAGGACGGUAUCUCUUCCACACUGCCAUCCAAAGAAUCAAGAAGGAAGGGCACGCUGGACUAUCUAAAGCAGGUAGAGAAUGAAACAAGAAAUAAAUCUGAAAAUGAAAAGAACAGAAAUCAGGAAGACAAUAAAGUCAAAGACCUUAACCAAGAGAUUGAGAAACUUAAGACACAAAUCAAACAUUUUGAAUCUUUGGAAGAAGAGCUUAAGAAAAUGAGGGCCAAAAAUAAUGACCUUCAGGAUAAUUACCUAAGUGAACAAAAUAAAAACAAACUCUUAGCCAGCCAGUUGGAGGAGAUAAAGCUACAAAUCAAGAAACAGAAAGAAUUAGAGAAUGGGGAGGUGGAAUGGGAGGAUGCUUUCCUGUCUAGCAAAGGCCGGCACGAGAGGACUAAGUUUAGAGGCCACGGGAGUGAGGUAUCCGCGUCCAAGCACACAUCUCGGGAACUGUCCCCUCAGCAUAAGCGGGAAAGGCACCGAAACAGGGAGUUUGCUCUUAACAGUGAGAACUAUUCUCUGAGCAACCGGCAGGUUUCCUCUCCCGGUUUCACGAACAGGAGGGCAGCCAAAGCUUCCAACAUAGGGGCAGGUACAGAUAGUGGGACUCAGGAGACAAAGAGAACUGAAGAUCGAUUUGCAUCUGGCUCCUCUCAGAGUGAAGGGAAGAAGUCCAGGGAGCAGCCAUCAGUGCUUAGCCGCUACCCUCCCGCUGCUCAGGAGCACAAUAAGGUUUGGAGGGGUACUCCCAAGCCAGGCACUGAGAGUGGGUUGAAGGGAAAAGUAGAGAAGACAACACGAACAUUUAGUGAUACCACCCAUGGAUCUACUCCCAAUGACAUAUUGUGUAGAGCUGACAAGGCUUCUGACACCUCCUCUGAGGCCCUCUUUGGCAAGAGGGGGCAGGCGCCUAGCAAUGGAAGUCUAACUCAGGCCGCAGACUCUGGCAGUUCUAAGGCCAUUGGCACUCUGGUCUCAUCUCGAAGAUCUUCCUCAGAAGGGCUCUCUAAGGGCAAAAAGGCUGCCAAUGGCCCAGAGGCUGAUACCAGUUCUUCAAAUUCUAAGGCUCCACUUUCAUCGAAGUAUCCUUAUAGCUCCAGAAGCCAAGAGAACAUCCUUCAGGGUUUUUCAACCCCAAAUAAAGGAGUUGAUCAACCUGUAGCAGUUGUGAUGGAAGAUAGCAGUCAGCAUGAGGCCCUAAGGUGUCGAGUCAUCAAAUCUAGUAGCAGAGAGAAGCCAGACUCAGAUGACGACAUGGACAUGUCGUCUCUUGUUACCGCCAAAUUGGUCAACACAACCAUCACCCCAGAGCCAGAGCACAAACAACAGCCCAACUCUAGAGAAACAGCCAGAUCCCGAGGGGGCCUUAGAACCGCCCUGUCGGGGGAUGAUAAAGAUGUCGGGACAGAAAAUGAAUCUGUGAAACCUGUCAGAGCCUCCACCAAUGCUGUGGAAUUCCCAGAGGCCAAUGGUGCUGGGGUGAAAAGUCAAAGGCCCUUCAGUCCCAGAGAGGCCUUGCGGUCCAGAGCUGUCAUCAAACCUGUCAUCAUUGAUAAAGAUGUGAAAAAAAUCAUGGGAGGGUCUGGAACUGAGGCCACAUUGGAGAAACAGACAUCCACCUCCAAACCAGGACCAAACAAAGUGACAAGCAGCAUUACUAUCUAUCCCUCUGACAGCAGUAGCAGCAGCAGCCCAAGAGCCGCUCCAGGUGAGGCCCCGCGGGAGAGGCACACAUCCACCAGCAAUAUCCAGGUUGGGCCACCAGACCUCACAUCAGUGAGCAACCAUGUCAACUCUCCCUUUGAGCUCUCCAUUCACAAACAUGACAUCACCUUGCAGUUCACAGAGGCUGAAAGAAUGGGAGAUGGGUCCCUGAAGAACAGGCCUGAAACAGUGGUCUCUCGGAGCAGCAUUAUAAUCAAGCCCUCGGAUCUGGUGGAGAGGAAUAACCAUGCACCCCCUGCAGAGACAAUCAGGUGGAAAGGCCAUAGUGCCCCUUCGGAGGUGAGCCCUUCAGAGGCCAGGCAUGUUACUGUGCGGAAUGCCUGGAAGAGCAGGCGAGAUUUGAACUCUUUAGAAGACCCCCCAACUCAGAUAGGUAAACAUGUGGUAUCUACCAAUGCCUACACCCAGAGGUCUUCUACAGACUAUUCUGACCUUGAACAGCCCAGGUCUUACCUUUUGGAGCAGGGUCCUCGAAGGGUAGGAAACCCAGGGGAUGCCCCUGAGCUCUCUUCUAGAAGGACCCAAAGUAGCCUCACUGUGUCAGAGAUGCUCACUCGCCGGAAUCGGGUAGGCGAUGCUGUCACGCCUGCGGCUUGGAACCAUGUGGCAGGCAUGGAAGAAGGCGAUGACUGCACACUCAGUGUCUACAGGCGACCACACAGCUCCAUGGAACGGCCUGAACUGCCCGUGAAGCAGGGGCUGUCAGAGCCUGGGCAAGUACAGGCUGAGGAACGAUCACGACCAACCAGGCCCUGUGCUGAGGAAAACUGAGCCAGCCGGGUGAGGUCUGCUGUGUCCUCUGCUCCUGCUCAGCUCCUCCACCUUCUCAUCCUAUGAAGGAUCCCGGGCCAGUUCACUGGGCUAGACACGAGGCCUUGGCUGGGAGAUUGUAGCAGAGAGCCAGGCUGUGGCUCAGGGCCAGGUGGCCAAUGGAGAUCAGAAACUACAAGCUGGACAGUCACCCAGGCCCAGCCUUCCCCGGUUGAUGCAUGAGUCCCCUCUCCUUGUCCCUGCCCUGUUCCCGGUAGAAUCGGCCACUCUGGCCCCCAAAUAGGGAAUGAUAUAGAACCGUCUUAUAGCCUCACCACACAAUAGCCCCCUUCCACGCAGUUAAUGUUCUGAUUUCUUGGUCUCCUCACCACAUCCAGUUCACACCCUGUCUGCCCUCGGGACCCAAGUACUGACACUAAGACUUACCAGCCGUCAGCUCCAUUUAGGGAGCGUCCAUUCCUUUCCCCUUCGGAAUUCCUCAGACUUUACCGGAGAGGUCUGUGCUGCCUCUAGGGGAUUAUGGGACUAUGACCUGGCCCCCUUGCUGACCACUGUUUUCUGGAGGCAGAGACACAGAUACCUGCCCACCUAUUGGAAUGACAUCAUCCCUCCCCCGACCCCAGCUCACCUUCCAAAAGCACCCGGAAGUGCACAAACCUCAUGCAUCUCCUUCCCUGGGCACCAAUAAUGCUACUGGCAUUGCCUGCUUCUCUCCUGUGGCUGGAGACUUCACGCUGACUUUGUUUCCACCUUCGGAAUAUUCCCAGACUAAACUGGGCCUGACCCAGCAUACUCUGCCUUCUAGGAAGCGCCCAGCAAAGGGAAAGUGGACAGGAAGAAGCACUUUCCCUUUAGUCACUCCACAAAGCAAUAGCUCCAUGAAAGGCCUGGACUUUGUUCCUCCUCCUCCAUCCCCUAGGGAGGAGGUAUCGCACUUUACCAAGCUGAUGCAUUCCUACAGAAGUGGGCCCAUGAUUCCUGCAAACGAACUAUCAUGACGACUUCAUGGGAGGAAAGGUAACACAUGUCCAUUAAGGGCCCCAGAUUUAUACAAUUCAGAAUGCAGCAAACUUUUCAGGAAGCCACAUAAAUAAAAACUGAUUAGCUUGCUUAUUCACAUGGGGAAGUUAAAAAAAAAAAAACCAUGUAAUUUGACACUGCUAUUUCUAUAGCAUUCUCAGUUCAAAAAAGGGAUCCCCUUCAAAGGCUACCUUUAUGAAGCAGAGACUUCCUUCAUAGUGAAAGCAGAGUAGGAGUCAGGGAAGCUAGAUUUUCUUAAUGGCUUUGUACUUUGCCUCAGUUUCCUUAUCUAUAAAAUGAGUUCUUUGAAAUGGUUUCUAAGGGUCCUAAAUCUGGCAGUCUAAGAUUCUUUUUCCAUCAUCCCGCUGGGUGGUGGUGGUGUGAUUCUCGAUUUUGUAAGGUGUCAGUCAUCCAAAUGGGUUUGAGGAAUGUGUCCUUUGAUGGUUUUCCUGGGCCCUUUUAAUCGUGAGGUUGAGCUCAGAAACACUCCAUUGGCUUCAUUUUUCCAGUCUGUAACAUGGUUAGAUUUUUGGCACCAAUGCCAUACAGUAUCUCCUGCUUGCACUUUCCAUAACACCAGUUGGUGUGUGUCCUGUUUCUAUGCUUCUUGAGUCAUCUUUUCUGGCUUUACUCAGUGUGGGAAUCAAUGUUCAUCCCCCCUAUGUCUGCAUCAGACUUGGCAGUCCUGGAGGCUUGGGGAGCACCUACUGUCCUUUCAGGGACAGGAAUGUUUUGCUCCUGUUUCCGUUUUCUGGAGUUUUGCCAAUCUGUCAUGAGGCUUGCCUGUACUUCACAUUGCUGCCUCAGAUGUUCAACUUCAGAUGCAAUUUUCAAAACCUCUUCCUACUGAUUUCUCCUGGGUCACCAGCCAGAAACUAGCUUUCUCAAGGCUGCAACCUCUCACUUAUAGCCUCCCUACCAUCUUCACUGGUUGGCAACCCUGACAGUCCAAAGGAAACUGACUUCCAUUGGUCGUCAACUAAGAGUAUAGGAAGGUCUGGCUCUUCUCUGCCGGUGGAAACACGAGUGCCAAGCCAUGCCUUCAAAGUUCUCGCUGAUAAUUCUCAUCUUGGGCACUGGAGCCCUGGAUUCUGGUGCUGUAGCUCCUGGUGCCAAAGUCUGGAUCUGUUCACAUUUCAGGAACAUCAACAUCUGCCGCUACCCAAAAUGCUGUGUGGAAGAGGGACAGCUCUGAUGCUCUCUCGCUGGGGCGGCUAUCUUAAAAUCUGAGUGCAAUAAGGUUUGGUUGUACCAGUUAUUUCAGGAUAUUUUGUUUCAUCUGCACAUUUUCUAGAACUGCUGAAAAUAGAUUUUAAAGAAAUGUCCUCAGCAUUAUAGAAAAUACCGUUUGUAAUAGCCUGUGAAGGCUAUAGGCUCAGUUAUCUUGGGCUUCAAAUGGCUGGCAAGGCUGGCUCUCAGAUCCCAAAGUUGGAAGACACGUUUUUGAAAAGCAACCUAGGUGAGACCAUCUGGACCCAGGCCUCAUCAUCAGGGGUUCUGGGAGAAACAUCCAAAUAAAAGGGAGACCUGGUAGUUGAAUAGUUCUCUAAUCAAGCCAAAUAUUCCCUGUCCCAGCCAAUAAACCCACUUUACGACAGGCCUUUUCUGCAGCUUAGCUCGAACUUUCAAUUUUCCUGGCAGGUAUGUGGUCGUGGGAGGGUCCUAGUGAGGCGGGGAACCUGGCUCUCCAGAGCUGCUUUGCUGGAGGAAGUAGAGCUGGCCAAAAGCCAGGAGCUGGUCUCUUCUACCUGCUCUCACCUGUCUCUUGCCGUUCUGGUAUUAAAAACUGGAGAAAGCUGCAGGGAUACGGGCAAAAAGAAGCAGUGGGUGUUUCUGCUUUUGAGUGGCAAUGAAGCAGUUAUAAUGUGGGUUACAGGGAUUUGCAGUGGGGCCAAGGAUUCCAACCUUCUCCACAGGCAAGCUUGCACAUAAAUCAUCCCUCUCUCCUGGGGUGUGAAGGGGUCUAUAUUGAUCUUGGACUUGUCAUCCUGGAGCAGUUUUAGUUCAUUAUAUUUAGUGGGUUAGUGCCAAGUGCUACCACUUUCCAAUAAGGGAACAGGGACCCAGCCUCUGGUCUGGCCCCUAACUGCCUUUGUGGGCGUGGUGUUUUGUUUUUGGUUGUUGAAGACUGCUUUGGAAGAGCUGCUUUUAGGGAUUAUCUUUUGAAUACCCUGCGUGGGGAACAGGGUUCUCAAAGCCUCAUAACCAAGAUCAUAGGAAAGGGGCCCUAUUUUCCUGCUGCUUCACAGCUCAGAACAAUGUACUGAAUGGAAUGUAUUUUUAAGAGAAUAAAGUCUAUUUUUUGUAUUUUAAAGGUUGGGAGGGCUGGGGAAGUAGCCCGCAAAAACUGCUAUUACAUUAUCUGUUGGUCCACACUUACUUGCUCAGGCAGGUGCUCGGGCCUCCCCGCCUGGCCCUUGGAGUCUGGGUGCAGCAGCUUCUACAUUCCUGCUCCGGGCAUGGGACCAAGGAGGCCGGAACCCUGCCACUGGAAACCAGGGCAAAGCCGUGAGCAGUGACUCAGGGCUCCUUGGGUGCAUGUGUCUAGUUGAAGCUGCCUGUCUGCAUGUAUCCUCUGGCUCUCAUGCUGUCUGUCGGCUCUGCAGCACAAUAUGUAACCAAUAAAGCUCCCUAGUUUCCACGUG